UCGACCCACGGGCCCACGAGCGUGCGUCUAGUCCCCGAGACCCAGAAGCGAGAGCAGCGAGAAGCUGAAAGAAGGGGUUGGUUUUUGUUUUUGGUUUUUGGUUCCGGUUUCGCCCUCUCUGGCUCACGCGCCCGCCCGUCUCUGUUUCUGUUCUCUCACUUCCCCCCGCCCCGCCCACCCCGUCCCCGGUCCCUUCAUUAAUCCGGGGCCGCAGGAGUCUGGUUGGUGUUCCGCCGGUGUUCCGCCGCGCACAGCCGGGUCCGGACAAACCCGAGUCGGGUGAGUGGACGAGUGUGCAACACACGAGAGUGCAUCGGUGUGUGCGUGUGUUUGUGCGUGCGUGCGUGCGGUGCGGUGCGGUGCGCGUGUGAAGUGCCCGCACCAGUAGUGCUUCGAUCAAUUGGCGGCGUUUGCAAUCAAAACCAACAAAUCAACACCCACCAAUCGUCUGUUGGCCCUGGUGUCCUGGCCCUGGUGAGUCCCUGGUAUCCUCGGAUCGGUUUGCGGCUUAUGUAACGGGACCAGAACGCCAACACAGAAGUCGCCGGAAGUCCGUCCCCCGUUUGGAAGCACGUUUGUGUGUUUGUGCCAGACUACGUACGUGGACGACGACGACGCUUCGCAAAACAAUCAACAUUCCGGCAACGUGGGCCCAAGUGUACUCUACUAGUGCAGCAGCAGCAAAUCAACCGACGUGCGACGACAGCAAACCCGGAGGAGUAGUAGUGUGUGUACCCCAGGACGUGUGCGUCGGUGUGCCAGACCAGCGAAGCGGGUCAGCCUGGAGUGGCUAGCGGGUCUGUGUGGUCCGUUGACGCCGUUGCGACGGUCAGUGCCGGGCUUGGGUGGACGUGCCGGAACCGACGGCAGCAGCAGCAGCAGCAGCAGCAGCAGCACGCUCGGCCAGCCGUCCCCGGAUCGCUGGAUCGCUACCGGAGCGCGAUCGUUCGGCCUCGGCCGGCCCACCAUCGUACGGGUGCUCGGGCCACCGGGCCACAUGGCAGUAGGCGGAAGCCGGUGCAAGCUGCCCUGCCGAUAGACGGACCCGGCCCGUACCAGGACUCGUGCUCUCUCUCUCUCGCUCUCGCAUCAAGUAAGCGCACGGCGCCCGCCUCGUCAAUUAUCCCUGGGAACGGGCAGCAGCAGUAGAGUGACAAAACUAACAGGCGGUACCAGGCGGCAGCGAAAUAAAGCCGAGUGCCACCGCGUGACCACGGGAUAUCCGGGGAAAGAUUGGCCGCCCAGAAGAUGAAGCCAAACAGUGUGGCUAGCGAGCUGCGACCGGCGGUAACGGUGGCGGACGGGGUCACGGUGGUCGCGGGCGAUGUGACGAUACCGGUGGGUGAGGGGCGCCGGCGCAGCAGCACCCUUACGACGAUCACCACCACCACCCCCGGUAGCCCGUUACCGUACGAGGCGCUGGACGCGGUACUGCUGGAGUGCCAGGGCCCGGUACCGCUCGGUACCGUGGUCACCGGUCCCAGCACCACCAGCACCACCAGCACCACCAGCACCACCCAUCCACCGCGUCGUUCCUCCUCGAGCUCGAGCAUCUUGGUGCGGCAGCGGCGCCGCUCGCACGACAACGGUGACGACGCACACCCGCCCCCAACGCCUGCACUACCGUUUCCGCUUGCGCUGCAGCAGCACCACCACCACCACCACCACCACCACCACCAGACCACCACCGACGGCAACGGAGCCACCGGCAACGACAGCCAGCUCCGGAUCGAUAUGCGGGGCGCGACCGAGUUCUACCGGGUCGACGAGGACGGGUACCGUCCGUACACGAUCACUGUGGCCGGCACUGGCGAUGGAGCAGGAGGCAAGGUCGGCAACCACCAGCCCCUAUCGUCGAGCGGUUCGCUAGCGUCCAUCAUCACGACGUCGAUCGCGUCAUCGGAACCGGAUCAUCGGGGCGGAACCAUCAGCAGCACCGGAACCGGCAGCCUGGCCGGGCUGGAUGAGGGCGAACCAGUGGUGGUCGGUGGAUCGAAGGGCCACCCGAGGACGGCGCGCGCAGGUGAUGGCGACGGCGGGCUCGGUGGCACCAUCGGUGGUGACGCUUCGGGCAUCGGCGGCGGCGCCGGCGGUACGGAUGGCGACGGUGGUGAGGUGGUGUCGUCGGGGCGUACCGGGGCCGCUGGACUUCGGCCCGAGAAGUGGUGGCAGACGACGAUACAGAUUGCGAUCCCGUUCUUUAUCGCCGGUAUCGGUACGAUCGGUGCCGGCAUCAUACUUGGCCGUGUCGAGGGACGCAGCUCGUUCGGCGAAGACUCGACCUUUAUCAGCUUCCUGGCCUCGCACUGGAAGGUGUUCAAGCAUGUGACGGAACUGUUCAUCCUGGUGCCGGCCCUGCUCGGUCUGAAGGGUAACCUCGACAUGUGCCUCGCGUCACGGCUAUCGACCCAGGCGAACCUCGGCAACAUGACGAGCAAGCGCGAGAUCCUGCACAUGAUCGUGGGGAACAUUGCGCUGGUACAGGUGCAGGCCAUCGUUGCCGCCUUCAUCGUGUCGAUCUUCGCCAUCUCGGUGGGUGCGAUCAUGAACGGGAACUUUGUGUUCGAUCACGCGAUGCUGCUGACCGCGGCCAGCAUGUUUACCGCGACCACCUCCUGCUUCGUGCUGGACUUUGUGCUAGUGGCUGUGAUUUUACUGUCGAAUCGCUACCAGAUGAACCCGGACAACCUGGCGACACCGCUGGCGGCCUCGAUCGGUGACGUGGUUUCGAUCUCGUUGCUCUCCUUCAUCGCCACGCAACUGUUUGAUAACAUCGACACGCACCUCUGGAUCACGUUCGCCGUGAUCAUCGCCUACUUCAUGCUGUUACCGAUGUGGGUAUUCAUAGUAUUAAGGAACAAAUACACGCGCACGGUGCUAACCUCUGGCUGGGUACCGGUGCUGUCCGCUCUCUUCAUAAGCGGCAUGGGCGGACUGGUGCUGGACACGGCGGUUGGCAUUUUCAACGGGUUCGUGGUGUUCCAGCCCAUCAUCAACGGUAUCGGUGGCAAUCUCGUGUCGGUGCAGGCCAGCAAAAUCUCAACGAUGCUGCACCAGAGCUCGAUCCUGGGCAUCAUUCCGCCGCACAUCAACAUCUUCGAGCUGCCCUGGAAGGCCCUGUUCAAAGGAGUGCCGUACGCCAAGACGGCCCGCAUACUGGUGCUGAUGUCGUUGCCCGGCCAGGUCCUGUUCAUCUUCGCCGCCGACUACAUCCACAUGCAGCGCUCGACGAUCGGGGCACCGUUCGUGCUCUCCUAUCUCCUCGUCAGCACGAUCCAGAUCAUGCUGCUACUGUACAUUGCGCACGUCAUCAUCCAUCUGAUGUGGAAGUGGAAGAUCGAUCCGGACAACUCGGCCAUCCCGUACCUGACGGCCCUCGGCGAUCUGCUCGGUUCGAGCUUCCUGAUGCUGGCGUUCCUGUUUCUCCGCUCCAUCGGGCACCCGUACGGCGAGGAACCGGACGAGCAGGAGCUCGUGUUCGGCUUGCUACCGUCAACCGAGGCGGCAAGUCUGCUGGGCCCGACCACCACCAGCAGCCCCGAUGGCAGCAGUUUCGGUGGCGAUGCGUUUUCCUCUGAUCUGAUAACUGGUGCGGCCGGCAUCUAGGGCGCCCUCUCCCAUGCCGCUGAGGAUGAGUGUGAACGAGUGAGCGCACAGAAAAAGGAGAAAAAGAGAGAGCAGGGAGAGCAGGAAGAGCAGUGAGAGCAGGGAGAGAGAAAGAAAGAGAGAGAGGAAGUAACCGUACAAUAACCAAAACUCUUAAAAAAAAAACUAAACACCGCGGUUGCAGCUCCCCCUCCCCCCCAGCAAGAGCACAGUCUGUCUUUCUCUCCAUCUCUCCCUCUCUCCCUCUCUCCCUCUAUCUCACAAACACUUGCUCGAGGACACGCGUAGUUAGUGGCGUGGCGGCGAGAUCAAUUCAGAAUAAUUUGACGUCCCUGUAGCAAAACCUUCCGAACCAGACCAGAGUCCCGGGACCUCCCAAAAACCUCCGCUUCGGUCGCUCGAUAGAUAAAGGGAGCACGGCCUGGCCGCCGCUUCGUUCUGAGUUCUGGUUAAUCACGCGUCGGACGCAUCCUCUUCUUUUUCCAGUAUUAAGCGGUUAGCGUAUUAGUUUGCGUCGGUUAGCCACCCAGGUAGGCAGGACAAUGCAUUUCCCUCUUGCGCGUCCAAAAAAAAAAUAUUUCCUUCCAAAUGUGUGUGCUGACAGAGAGAGAGAGAGAGAGAGAGAGAAAAUUUGUCAAAAGGAUCGUGAGAGGAUGCAGAUAGCGAAGCAGACAGAUGACUGGCGGCUACUGGGGAAUAAUCGUGCCCGACACCAUAGGGUAAUUACUUAAUUUAUAUAUCCGCGGGUUAGCAAAAGGAAAAAAAAACAGUGUUUAAAAGAGAUAAAGACGAGCGAGAUAGAGGACGAAAAAAAAAAGAGAGAGAGAGAGAUUGGGCGAUCGACGAUCAGGCUCUCGAGAUCUGGGACGGGGCCAGGAUCAGGGCCGUACCUACCAGACAUCGACCAGCCGAUGGGGAAAAUUAUGCGGCGGCGAUGUGGUUAGUGGACGCGCAGGAAAAGGGACCCGGCGCUGGGAAGCGGUGGCGCACCGUGUUCGUCAUUUCCCAUUCAUUUCAUGUUCUUAAUUUAAACUAGCAUUACAAGCCGGCCUCCGCGCCAGACAGACGGUUCCGUCGACAUUAGUGUGUAAAGUAAAAGAAGCAGACAGACAGAGGGGGAGAGAGAAUAAACAACUAAUUAUUAGAAACGGAGCGAUGGAACAAAAUGUGAGAAGGGGAGCGUGAAGCACGGUGUUUCCAAGAAGAAGAGUUAGCAAACAGUAAUAGUAAUAGUACUAGUAGUAGUAGUAGUAGUAGUAGUAGUAGUAGUAGUAGCAGCAGCAACAUUUGAGCCGUUGUAGAAAGAAGAAACAAGAUGCAGUAGUGGGCUCCCCGUACCCCCCCGUACUCCCCCAUCGAACACACUGUGCAUUCUCUGUGCAAAGCGCCGGGGGUUCGGAGUCGGAGUGUUGCUGGUGCUCCAUUUAUGCUGGUCCGCCAUUUGCCCCUGAACUGCUAGCUAGCAUGCAUGGGGGGGGGGGGGGGGGGGGGACAUUUCACAAACGGACACCUUCACGCACUGUCCACAAAAAAACAAACCGAUGCCAUUUAACACAUCGAAAAUGGAUUUCUGUAUUUUCUUUUUCUUUUUUCUGUUUCUGUUUUAUUUCACAUCAUUUACACGCAUACAGACAAACAUGUAUAGCAGGUGUAUGCGCAUGAAAGCGUCUUUUUCUUUCUAAAGCUGCCACCUAGCGCCAAAUCGAGCUGUAAAGUCAGUCUGAGUGUUUCCGUUAAACAUAAUCGCUGUACAAUUUUUCUAAAUGUAACACUUCUGUUCAACCAUUUUUAUUGCGCUUAAAAUAUCAAGUUCCGUUCCUCAAAACGGGCUACUCGCGGACAUCGUUGGUUUUUUACCUCCAUUUGAAAAAAAUCAGUGGAAAACAAAGUGUGGUUUAAACAUUUUAAAAGUAGUGAUAUUGAUGCGAGUAUCACCAACCAGCGAAAAUUGUUAAAAGACAUAAAAAUUGCAGGCCUUGUCGGCCAAAAAAGGGUUACGUAUGAUCGUUACAAGCAACAGAAAAAAAAAUCAACCACAAAUAUCAAAAAGCGACAAUAUUGACACCUAUUUCGCGCGAUGCAAAAAGCUCCGCCACCGCCGCGCAGAAUAUCGACCAAGGACACGCCACAAUUGGUAACAAUUACCACCUGUCGCUAACGCACCAGACUUGACUCGCUGUGUAGUAGUUAUCCGCGUUUCAAUGAGAACGGCCGCAGUGUUCGGUUUUUUUUUUAUGUUAAAGAAUCUGUUUAUUCGUGACAGCAAAUUAAAUCAAUCUCUAUCAGAUGAACAUUCAUUUGUAUUCGUGGGGGGGGGGGGGGUGGGGCAGGAAAUGUGACCGAGCAGCGUUUCUUUUUUUACGAUUUGUUUGAAAAACUGAAUCGGUUUGGAAAAAAUGG